GAGUUUUGUCCCUCGGAAUUUUCCGAGGAACUCCAUUCCCUCGGAAAAUUCCGAGGGAAAAUAUGUUCCUCGGAAUUUUCCGAGGAACAUAUGUGUCUCGGAAUUUUCCGAUAAACAUUCCGAGGAAUGUUUUGUCGAAACUUCCGAGGAUUUGACCAUCGGAAUUCCAUCGGUUUAUUCCGAGGAACCAUCCGACGAAAAUAUGUUUCUCGGAGUUUCCUCGGAAUUCCGUCGGAAAUUUCCGACGGAAUUCCGAGGAAGUAUGAAUUUCCGAGGAGAUAUUUCCGAGGACUUUUUUCGUCGGUAUGUCGUCGGAAUAGCGUUAUUCCGACGACAUACCGACGAUUUUUUCCCUCAGUAUCCCGAUGUUUUCUUGUAGUGUGGUGAUUUGUGUUUUGGUAAUAAUAAAAUUCUGAAACCUUAUUUGAGUGGGACAAACUACUAAUUGUUUUCUCAUGAGUCACCAAUACUUACUUAUUCUAUGUGGCUGUCUAAUAUGUUAUGUUCACAUGUAACAAAUGAAAAUGAAAAUUCGUAGAUUGAGAGAAAAACGAAAGCAUAUGUAAAAUAUGUUUACACCACCUAUGACCCAUUGCUUUCAAUCCGUACAUUGAAAACGAUCAGAGACAAGAGAAAAUAUCAUCAAUAAACUAGAAGAUGCAUCCACAAAGAGUCAGUAGAAAAUAAUGCGAAUAUUCUGACUAAAAUCAUUUAACUUCAUAUUUAUGGAUCCAAUCUAAUAUCCAAAUCCUAAGUAAAACUUUACAAAUACAACUCCCUCUUUAGCAAUAGAGGGGCUUUUUUCUACUCAUUUAACUAGUGUUAGCAAUUGGAAUAAGCCACGUAAGAGCAACAUUAUCGUUUAGUCUUUUAGAGCAUGAUUAAUGGGAAGUUUUUAGCGGAAUAUAAGAUCAUGAUUAAUCCGAGGUUCUUAGAAUGGGAUUCUUAGCAGAAGUUAAGAAAUUGUUUCUUAACUUUUAACUAAAAAAGCUAAGAAUCGGUUCUUAAAGUCCUAUUUAAGAACCAGUUUUUAGUUUUUUUAGUUAAAAGUUAAAAAAUAUUUUUUUAACUUCUGCUAAGAACCACAUCCUAAGAACCCCGGAUUAAUCAUACUCUAAGAAACUGUCUCUUAAUUUUUAACUAAAAAAGUAAAAAACUGACUCUUAAUAAGAUAUAAAAGAGUCGGUUCUUAACUUUUUUCGCUAAAAGUUAUGAGACGGUUCUUAUAUUCCGCUAAUAACUCUAUCCUAAAAACCUCUCAUUAAUCAUGCUCUUACGUAGAGUUUCUAAGCUAUUUAAUACUAAUAUUUUUAUAUUGUGAUUAAUUUUUAAUGUAAAAAUAAUAAAUUCAUCAAGGCAUGGUAGUUUAAUACUAAUACUCAGCGCCUCCCUAUUAUAUUAUGAGAAUGGAUAUAUUAUGAGAAUGGAGAUAUGAAAGAAAUGCAAAGGUCAGUCCAGCACACUCCCUUUUCUCGUUUAGGCUAAUCUCUUAGGUUACUCCCGUUUGUUUGUUUAACUCAACACCAGCACCUGGAGGAACCCCUUACUUGUCUGGAAGUACAAGAAGGUUGGUAGCUUUGUUAGGACUUAGGUGUUUUAAAGACAAUAAGAAAGAUUAUUAGUUCUAUAUACAUAACUCGAGGUUACGAGCAAACAACCGCUUCUUACUUUUUACUUCUUCUCUCACCUACUGUUUCAUUUUUUAAUUAUAAAUUUAGUUUAGAACUUUUUGUUAGAAACGCACCUUAAAGGCAGUGGCGGAACUGGUGUGUAAUCAGGGUAGUCACUUGAAAAAAUUUUUGUAGUUUCCUUCUAAAAUUUUGAUGAAAUGCUGAAAAAUUAACUUAUUGAUCUUUGUGAACUGUAAUUGUUAUUAAAUUGAUCUUGGUAAACAUAAAUCUUGCCUCCGCCACUGAUUAAAAGGUGCUCUAAGCGGCUAAUUAGGACAUAUGGACUGUAUAUUUAUUUUCAACAUUCUUUUUUAUCCUUUAUGGUUUAGGGUCAUAAAAACUUCACUAUGUUUGGCCCCGUACUGAAUGGAAUAAGCAAAGGCUGAACCGCUCACUUGCAACUUCAUCAAAACCAACAGUCUACAUAAUCCACGAAAUAUUUUCACAUUCAAAUUGUUUUGGGUAAACUUCUAAAGUUCGUCCUAAAAUAAAUAAUAAAACAAAAUAUAUAAACUGUUGCGAAAGAAAAAUAAACUAAAAAUCCUUUAAUUUCUCACAAGGUCCCCUCUUCAUGUGGUAACCGUCGGUGGCAGGCAUCACUUUUUACGCACUGUGUGAAACGUGGACCCAAAUGCUCCUCAAAGGCCUCAUCUCCUAAGAUUCUUUGUUAAUAUUUACAUUUUGUAUCAAAUUCGUUUAACUCGCUUAUUAAAUUAUUCAGAAUGAAAAAAAAAGUACUCAGAACUCAAAAGGACAAUAAAUAAUACAUUAAAUUUUAGGGGAUUCGGGACUUCAAUUCUCACCCUACUCUUAUCCUCUUGGGCGGCACUGUUAAUGGAUCUUCUCAGCCACAAAAAUAUGCAGUAGGUUUCUUUAGAAAAAUGUAACGCUAGUUAUUAAAUAUUGUGAUGUCAUUAAUUUUGUUUUGUUGUCAAUAUGAUAUGAUCCAUAUCAACAUGGGGAAACUUAAUCAAUGAGAGAAAGACCAUAGUGAUGUUCUUACCUCUCUCAUGCAAACUGAGACAGUGCCAAGUGGGAGCCAAAUGCCAUCUUCCUCUUCUUAGAGAAGGUCACAGGGAACAACACUACACAAAGUAUAUACAAUGCUUAAUUUACUAGUGCAUGCCUUUUCCAAACGUACUUUUCCCCAUGUCUUUUGAAUCAUGUAUUCAUAUAUAACCACUGUUCUCUUUCAUCCUAACAGAUCAUUUACUGCAUAAUGAUGUGCAAGAAAGUGUUUCAAGUAAACCACUCAAAAACCGCAAAAGGUCAACCUACCAACUAGAAUUUUAAUUAGUAUCUAUAUAUGUAUUUAAAUAAUUUUUAGAUAAAUGUAAUUGUACUAAUUAAAUUUCAGGUGGAUGUUGAAUUUUCUAGCAUUACGCGCGUAUAUACAAACUGUAAUCAAUUUUGUUAGCAACAUACAAUGUACUAAGGUUUGCAUACUCUAACUAUUUAGUCAAGUGAAACAUGCUUUGGCCUGGACAACCCUGAUCAAGGAUUUAUAUUGCUAAAAAUUUAAUAAGUUAAACCGCUUACUUCAUACUUGUUAGAACAUCUACUUUUUCUUUUCGUUCUUUCAUAAUUAGUUUCGUUUCCGUUCACGAGGCAUAUUAAGGCCAUCAUCUACCAAACUCAUCUUUGAAAGAUAAAACAAGAUAAAGUGUGCACCUACUAUAACAUGUAUAUUAAUACACAACACACGUCGGCUACUGUAUUAACAUCAUGCCUCUUUACAUUUUCGUUUCUUUCAUUCCUUUAACUUUCUCGUACACUCAAAUCUAGAGAUGAAGGAUACUGAAAGAGUUUUGGACUUUUAUAAAGAGUAAAUCAGGAGUUUUGAGCCCUAGAAACUUGUACUUCUUUACGUCGGGAAAAAUAUAUAUACUCUAUUCUCUUUUUUUUUGAACACAUAUACUCUAUUCUCUAUACUAGUCCGAAACGCACUCUGAUUUACGUAAACUUAAAAAACGCUCCGACGUAUAUACUUGAAAUUCAAGUUCGGUAUGAUAUUCACAAGUACAUUUUACAACUAGCAAGCACGUGCACGACCCACACGUGGUUGGACAUAACUUUUAUGUAUUCUGGCAUAAAAGUAUCAUACACGUAACGCUAUCAGUAUACGUACAUUGACAUUGCAACGUCUAGACGUUAAUCAUCUAACUAACAAAAAUCAUUCGUAAACCAACCUUAGUACGUAAGUUUUUGGAUUCAAUUUACUAAUCGGAAGAAGAUACAAAUAUACGUUUGAUUUUCUACACACUAGCACAAAUGACUAAAAGAUGAAAGCAGGUGAAUUUUUUUACAUCCUAAAAUAAAAGUGUUUAAAUUUCUAUAACGUAAUCUUUAUAUAGUAUAUAGUAUUAUAAAAUCUCAACUAAAUUGAUUAUAGCUAAGAUGAAAUGUCAAAAACAAAAGUCAUAAGAUGUUGGGUUAAAAAAAGUGACAUAACGACUGUGUGUUGGUGUUUCAUAGAAUAUUAAUAUGUUGGUGUUCUAAAUGACUACACAUAUCCUUUUAACUAAGCUUUUUUUGUCAUUUCUUUUAAUUCAUCUAACUACACCAAAUAGAACGUUCUUAUUAGCAUAACCUAUUUAGCAAUAACAAGAGAAUGAUUGCAUGUAUUCAUCUUCUUAUUUUUUUGGGGGUGAGUGGCAACACCACCACCACGCAUCACCUGACACGUUGUUAAAGAAAAUAGAAAACCGCUAAAAAGGAGAAAAAAAAACAGAUAUCAAAGAUCAAUUCUUAUUUCUGGAAAUCAAACCUUUAUGGAUUUUUUUCUUAAGAUCCGACAUAUAAAUUCAACCUUUUCAAGAUCUUCACCAUCAUUCUUGAUCGCAGGUCAGUAUUUUCUUCUUGGUUUUCGAUUGCAUCUCAUAGAUUAAUGGCUGAUUAAAAGGAUCAUUACACCUAAACAUGACUUCAUCUGGGAGGAGAAGCAUAAGACGAGGCUCAUCAGCCUCCAAGAAACCGGUUCUCCACACCCAAGAAAGCGGAAACAGUAGCUUUAACGAAACCACCUCCCCUAAACCCGGUUCACCUCUCCCUGAACCGGUCUCCGACAUCGAAAGAACCGUCAAGAAGCUACGCCUAUCCAAAGCCCUCACCAUCCCCGAGGGAACAACCGUCUUCGACGCAUGUCGAAGAAUGGCCUCUCGCCGCGUCGACGCUGUCCUCCUCACCGACACAAGCGCUCUCCUCUCGGGCAUCGUCACCGACAAGGACAUAGCAACAAGAGUGAUCGCAGAAGGGCUAAGACCAGAACACACUCUAGUCUCCAAAGUCAUGACAAGAAACCCUAUCUUCGUCACGUCAGACUCCCUCGCCAUACAGGCUCUCGAAAAAAUGGUUCAAGGCAAGUUCAGACACUUACCAGUAGUGGAAAACGGCGAAGUCAUCGCUAUUUUAGACAUAACUAAAUGUCUCUACGACGCAAUCUCACGCAUGGAGAAAGCAGCAGAUCAAGGAAGCGCUUUAGCUGCUGCUUAUCCAUUCAUCGAAACGUUGAGAGACCACAUGUUCAAACCAGCCUUAUCCACAAUCAUCACAGAACAAAAAGUAGCACUCGCCUCUCCCUCGGAUCCCGUCUUCGUAGCUUCGAAAAAAAUGCGUGACCUAAAAGUUAACUCAGUGAUCAUUGCCGUGGGGAACAAGAUACUCGGCAUACUAACUUCAAAAGACAUUUUAAUGAGAGUCGUGGCACAGAAUCUCUCCCCUGAGCUAACGCUCGUAGAGAAAGUCAUGACGCCAAACCCCGAAUGCGCAUCCAUGGAGACAACGAUCGUCGACGCGUUGCACAUCAUGCACGACGGUAAGUUUCUACACCUUCCGGUUCUAGACAAAGACGGAUACGCAGCGGCAUGCGUCGACGUGUUGCAGAUAACACACGCGGCUAUCUCCACCGUUGAGAAUAGCUCCGGAGCUGUUAACGAUAUGAUGCAAAAGUUUUGGGACUCGGCUCUCACGUUGGAGCAGCACCCACCUGAGGAUUACGAGACGCAUAGCGAUGUGUCGGCGACGUUGUUGAACUCGGAGGGAGGAGGAGGAGGGAAGUUACAGUCUCAAGGGAGUAGUGUGAUGAGUUUGUUUGCGUUCAAGUUUGAAGACCGUAAAGGGAGAGUGCAUAGGUUUAACGCGACGGGGGAGAGUGUUGAAGAGGUUGUGAGUGGUGUGAUGGAAGGGUGUGAUGAGGUGGUUGGUUCAGUGGGGGUGCAGAUAAUGUAUGAAGAUGAUGAAGGUGAUAGGGUUUUGAUAAGUGGGGAUAGUGAUGUUGUUGCUGCGGUUGGGUUUGCUAGGUCUUUGGGGAGAAAGGUUUUGAGGUUGCAUUUGGAUUUUGCUGAGACGGUGUGUGUUGAGAUGGUUAAAGAUUUGUCUGAGGGGAGUUGUGGUGGUCUAGGUAGGGGUUUGGUUUGUUGGAGGAGUGGUGUUGUGGCUGGGGUUAUUGUCUUGACGAGUAUAGGUUUUUUUGUUUUCUUGAAACGUUCCAAGAAGUGAUAUGUUAAUGCUUCUUGUUCUUUUUGAAUUUUGGUCCCAUGAACUUUGUAAAGCAAUUAUAAAAUUUGUUCUUGGAUAAAAACACAUGAUAGGUUUUCAAUUAUAAAAAUUGUUUUUUUUUUAUCAACUACCUCCAUAUAUUAAAUUAAGUUUGAUAGGCUC